CCAUCCCCGCCCCGCUUCGCUUCCAACCCAAUAACGAAAAGUAGAAAAGCAUCCCUCUUCGAAGUUCCAACGCCCUUCCUCCAGAUCCAAGAAGAAAGGAGGAGGAGGAGAUCGCCGGCGGCGAUGGGGGCAAUCGAGACGCUGACGGAGAGGGCGGCGUUGCUCCGGGAGUCGCUCCAGAAGAGCCAGACCAUCACCGAUGGCAUCGUCUCCAUCCUCGGCUCCUUCGAUCACCGCCUCUCCACACUGGAAGCUGCCAUGCGCCCCACGCAGGUGAGAACGCAUGCGGUUCGGAUAGCGCACGAGAACAUUGACAGCAGAGAUUAAAGUGCUGAAGGGACCGCACGAGGACCUAGAAAAUUAUUUGGAGGCAGUUGAUCAGUUGAGAAGUGUAUUGCGCUUUUUUAACUCAAAUAAAAGCUUCAGGAGCAGUGAUGGAGUUCUUAGCAAUGUCAAUAAUUUGCUUGGUAAGGCCAUUGUGAAGCUGGAGGAUGAAUUUAGGGGACUUCUUGCCAAACACAGCAAACCAGUGGAGCCUGAUCGCCUUUUUGAUUGUCUUCCGGAUGCCCUCCGACCAUCAUCAGGGUCACCAGGGCAGCAGGGUGAUAGUGAUAAAAACCCAUUGGGUACCAAUAAUUCCGAGCAUCAAGCCAAAAACUUAGAGACUGCUGUAUACACACCACCAGUUCUCAUUGCUCCUAGGAUUUUGCCUCUACUGCGUAAGUUAGCUCAACAAUUGGUUCAAGCUGGACACCAACAUCAAUGUUUAAAGAUCUACAGUGAAAUUCGUGCUACAGCUUUAGAGAAGAGCCUUUCAAGCUUGGGAGUGGAAAAACUCAGUAGAGAUGAGGUGCAGAAGUUGCAGUGGGAGUCCUUGGAGGCCAAAAUUGGCAAUUGGAUUCACUUUAUGCGAAUUGCAGUCAAGCUGCUGUUUGCUGGGGAACGACAAUUAUGUGAUCAGAUCUUUGAAGGCAUUGCUUCUCUCAAGGAUCAAUGUUUUGCUGAAGUAGCUGCAAACAGUGUUGUGGUGCUACUUAGUUUUGGAGAGGCUAUUGCUAAAAGCAAAAGGUCGCCAGAAAAGUUGUUUGUGCUUCUAGACAUGUAUGAAAUAAUGCGUGAACUUCAACCAGAGAUCGAAGCUACAUUUGAAAGCAAAUCUUGUUCUGAAAUGCGAGAAUCUGCAUUGGCUUUGACAAAGCGCUUGGCUCAAACUGCAAAGGAAACUUUUGGUGAUUUUGAGGAAGCAGUUGAGAAAGAUGCAACAAAAACAACUGUUGCUGAUGGAACUGUCCACCCUUUAACUAGCUAUGUCAUUAAUUAUGUGAAAUUUCUCUUUGAUUAUCAAACAACACUGAAGCAGCUUUUCCAGGAGUUUGAACCUGGGGAUGAUACAAACUCCCAACUGGCAUCUGUAACAAUGCGAAUUAUGCAAGCUCUUCAGACUAACCUGGAUGGAAAGUCCAAGCAGUACAAGGAUCCUGCUUUGACAUACCUAUUUCUUAUGAACAACAUCCACUAUAUGGUCAGAUCUGUGCGCAGGUCAGAAGCAAAGGAUUUAUUGGGUGAUGACUGGAUUCAAAGACACCGAAGGAUUGUGCAGCAAAAUGCAAAUCAGUAUAGAAGGGUUGCUUGGGCGAAGGUAUUACAGAGCCUUUCUGGUCAAGGUUUGACUUCAUCAGGAGGUAGUAGUAUGGUAGGAAGUGAUGGAGGUAACAGCAGCGGAGUCUCAAGAGCAGCUGUGAAAGAGAGGUUUAGGUCUUUCAACUUUCAGUUUGAGGAGCUUCAUCAAAGGCAAUGUCAAUGGAUGGUCCCAGAUCAAGAGUUGCGUGAAUCUUUGAGGCUUGCGGUUGCUGAAGUUCUACUACCUGCGUAUAGAUCUUUUAUAAGACGAUUUGGGCCACUGGUUGAGAAUAGCAAGAAUCCAGUAAAGUACAUGAGAUACACUCCAGAAGAUCUUGAGCGCAUGCUUGGUGAAUUUUUUGAGGGAAAGAGCUUGAAUGAGACGAGAAGGUGACGGCUAGCUCCACCUUGGCAUGCUUUGUACAACUCAGGUCCAUAACUUUCCGAUGGGAUGCGGCAGUUUGUUUGAAGCCUAUAAAUAGAGCUGUUGCAGAUUUAUAACCACAGUGCUUGCACAAAAUGUUUUUAUGUUAGGUCAUUCAUGAGAUCAUAUUUCGAUCAAGUUUGAUUGGAGAAGCCUUUAUUUGAUUUUACUUUUAGUUCACACGUUAUAGCUACUGUAUCAAAACAAGAUCUGUUCAGAUUUGACAUUACUUAGUGGUCUGAUGCCUUUUCAUUUAUAAUUAUUCAAUAAAUAAGUGUUUGAACAUUCA